AUGACUCACCAAGCGUUUAGUUUUCAUUCGUGGAUGUACUACCUUCUGCCGUUGUCCCAUCUUUGGAGUAUCGCAUCAGCACAGAUUGUCUAUUCCAUAUCGGAGGAAUCUAACCCGGGCACUGUUGUUGGACAUUUCGCGAAGGAUUUGCAUCUUAACGUGCAGGACCUUGAAUAUCGCGGGUUUGAGAUUUCGGGACUCAAUAAGAGGUAUUUCGAUGUAAAUACAAAGACUGGCAUUUUGUCCGUGAGGGAGAGAAUAGACAGAGACGAGCUCUGUACUCGGAGCACGAAGUGUUCCUUAACGCUAGAAGCCAUUGUGAAUUCGCCAUUGAACCUAUACCGCUUUGAAGUGAAUGUUUUGGAUAUAAAUGAUAACUCGCCAUCGUUUAGGUCUCCUAAAACAUAUUUGAAUGUAUCGGAGUCUGCAUUUCCAGGUGAGAGAUUUCCUAUGGACAGCGCCUACGACGCGGACAUAGGAGCUAACUCGGUAAAGAGCUACAAGCUGAGCCCGAAUGAACACUUUUCCCUGGAUGUACAGAGCGGUGGAGAGCAGAGUGUGUCUGCUGAGUUAGUGCUGCAGAAAGCUUUAGACCGAGAGAAACAGCCUGUGAUCCAGCUCACACUGACCGCUGUAGAUGGAGGAAAACCUCCUCGAUCAGGGACAUCACUUAUUAUAAUAAAUGUAGAGGAUGUUAACGAUAAUAUUCCUAUUUUCUCAAAGCCCCUCUACAAAGCUCGUAUUCCUGAGAAUACGCCUCCGGGUAGCUCCGUGAUUAUGGUUGAAGCGAAAGAUUCAGAUGAGGGGCUAAACGGAGAAAUAGUGUAUAGUUUUAUCAACCAAAACAAUGACAAUAGCAUUGAUGCAUUUGAAAUUAAUUCCGUUACUGGAGAAAUCACUGUGAAAGGCGUGGUUGAUCACGAGACAAACAACGCGUUUGAAAUCCGUGUCCAAGCUAAAGACAAAGGCCACAAGCCAAGAGCAUCUCACUGUAAAGUGCUGGUCGAAAUUACCGACGUGAAUGACAAUCCACCAGAGAUAUCUGUCACGUCUUUAGUUAACGUUGUAAAAGAGGAUGCGUCAUUAGGGACAAUGGUUGGCCUGAUAACAAUAAUUGACAAUGACGCAGGCAAAAAUGGCGCCGUACAGGUUAAAAUACUAGACUCCGUACCAUUUACGAUAAAGAGCUCUUAUACUAAUCAUUAUUCUUUAGUAGUAGAUGGGCCUCUUGACAGAGAGAGUGCUUCUCAGUAUAAUGUCACCAUCGCAGCUACGGAUGAAGGGACCCCGCCUCUCUCUAGCACCAGCGUUAUUACUGUACACGUUUCUGACGUGAAUGACAACGCUCCUCGCUUCUCAGAACCAGUGAUUAAUGUUUAUGUAAAAGAAAACAGUAAGGUAGGAGAUGUUAUUUGUACGACGUCUGCUUUUGACCCAGACUCAGAUGAAAAUGCAAAAGUAACUUAUUCUUCAUUAGAUAAACGUGUUUUCGUAUCAUCUUCUGUAAAUAUAAACUCAGAUACUGGAGAUAUAGUCAGUCUUCAGUCUUUUAACUAUGAGGACAUAAAAACUUUCCAGUUUAAAGUUCAGGCUACAGACUCUGGUAUUCCUCCGCUCGGCAGCAACGUGACUGUGAACGUUUUUAUUCUGGAUGAGAAUGACAACAGACCUGGGAUCCUCGCGCCCUAUUCUGAGCACGGCUCCGUUAACACUGAGAACAUUCCCUAUUCUGCUGAAGCGGGCUACUUUGUGGCCAAGAUCAGGGCUGUAGACUCCGACUCUGGCUACAAUGCGCUGCUUUCUUAUCACAUCUCUGAGCCCAAGGGAACCAACCUCUUCCGAAUCGGAACCAGCACCGGGGAACUUAGGACUAAGAGGCGAAUGAGUGACAAUGACCUGAAAACUCACCCGUUGGUGGUGUUGGUUUCUGAUAACGGAGAACCCUCACUGUCAGCGACUGUGUCUAUUGAUGUAGUGGUGGUUGAAAGUACAGGCGAAAUCCAGACUCAAUACAGAAACGUACCAAGAAAGGAGGAGAGCUUCUCUGAUUUAAACUUGUAUUUGCUCAUCGCCAUUGCCUCGGUGUCAGUAAUAUUUUUACUGAGCCUCAUCAGUUUAAUAGCUGUAAAAUGCUUAAGGACAGACGACAGUUUUAGCAUGCACAGCGCCCCAAUGAUCACCACACACCCUGACGGGAGCUGGUCUUACUCUAAAUCUACUCAGCAGUAUGACGUGUGUUUCAACUCAGACACACUGAAGAGUGACGUAGUGGUUUUCCCCGCACCGUAUCCACCUGCAGAUGCAGAACUGAUCAGUAUUAAUGGAAAUGACACGUUUGACAGGACUCAGACAUUACCCAACCAAGACAAGGUAAGAGUUCCCUCAGCUUGGAGGAUUACUGCUAGUGCUCUGAUCAAUCUCUCCCCAGUUCGCCACCCCCUCAGCCUCGCUUUGGAGUGUGAAGAAGAGUCGCUCAGCUCUCUAUCCAUCUACUUGUGGCAUCGGAGUGACUCACCGCUCAGCGGCCGUCUUGCGGGCUGCCAGGGCAUGUCAUCGCCGUGGGCAGAGGGUUCAGUGGAGGAGAGCUGGUGCCGCACCGGGAGAGGGGAGGGUUGUGUGGGCGUGUUGCGUGCCUGGGUGAAUCAGACUGGCACUAGGAAUCUCUGA